AUGCCGAUCAAACCAAAGCAAAUGACCCAGAACAUGGUAGUCACUACACCAACGGGUAGUAAGGUAGAACUUAGCAUGAUUUAUGAUCCUUGUCCCGUACGUGUGUGUAACCAUGGGCUAGAAGCAAGUUUGAUAGUUCUGGACAUGAAGGACUUCGACGUUAUUUUGGGUAUGGAUUGGCUAUCCAUCCAUGGGGUCAAUCUAAUCUGUUCAGAAAGGAAGAUCCUAUUCAAACCAAAAGAAGGUGAAGAAUUCAUGUUCAAGGGCAUUAGACGGGAGAAGCCCAAAAAGGCCAUUAUCUCUGCUCUCCAAGUCCAGAAGUUAUUGGAUGAAGGAUGUCAGUAUUACCUGGCAUCCAUGGUAGAUACUGAAGCAAAGGUCAAACCACUAGAGGAGAUAAAUGUAGCAAAGGACUUUUUGGAUGUCUUUCCGGAAGACCUGACAUGGUUGCCAUCGGAUAGUGAGACGGAGUUCAUGAUAGAUCUGGUACCUGGUGCAGCCUCAGUCUCUAAGGCCCCCUAUAGGAUGGCCCCAACUGAGUUAAAGGAGAUACAGGAACAACUUAAGGACUUGUUGAAGAAAGGCUUCAUUAGACCCAGUGUAUCACCUUAG